CAUCCAAUCAGCCCGGCGUGGGGAGGGGGGACGCCAUCUUGUUUGUUUUAGUCGGAAGGAGGGGUGGAAGAACAGCCACCACCAGCAGCGACACCACGGACGACAAAAAAAAAAAAAACGAGACAAGCACGACACGGCUAACCGGCACGACGCCUCCCCCUUUCCCCUUUCCCUUGUGGUGAGAAGGCGCUGAGAUGUUUUACGCCCACUUUGUCCUCAGCAAACGUGGGCCGCUGGCCAAAAUCUGGCUGGCGGCCCACUGGGACAAGAAGCUGACCAAGGCCCAUGUGUUUGAGUGCAAUCUGGAGAGCAGCGUGGAGAGCAUCAUCUCACCCAAGGUGAAAAUGGCUUUACGAACAUCAGGGCAUCUGCUGCUGGGGGUGGUGAGGAUCUACCACAGGAAGGCCAAGUACUUGCUGGCAGAUUGUAACGAGGCUUUCAUCAAGAUCAAGAUGGCUUUUAGACCAGGUGUGGUGGAUCUUCCAGAGGAGAACAGAGAAGCAGCCUACAACGCGAUCACGCUGCCUGAGGAGUUCCAUGAUUUUGAUCAGCCACUACCAGACCUAGACGAUAUUGACGUUGCUCAGCAGUUCAACUUGAACCAGAGCAGAGUGGAGGAGAUCACCAUGAGAGAGGAGGUGGGCAACCUCAACCUGCUGCAGGACAAUGACUUCGCUGACUUUGGUAUGGACGACCGGGAGAUGAUGCGGGAGGAGAGUGCCUUUGAGGUGGACAUCAUGGGAGCGUCAGCUUCCAACCUCCUGCUGGAGGCUGAGGGUGGAGCUAACCCGAUGGCUGACAAGUCCAACCAUCUGGAGUACGAUGACCAGUACAAGGACGACUUCGGAGACAAUCCCAUGGAGAGCAAUGAGGGAGGCAUGCUGGUGGAUAAGCUGCUGAGUAAUGAGGACGGAGGCGGCAUCUUCGACGACCCUCCUGCCAUCACAGAGAGCGUGAUGAUGCCUCAGGACCACGGAGACGAUGAGGACGACUUUGACGCUCUCUCGGCGGGAGCCCCAGAUAGUCCAGACUCAGGCCCAACAGAGCCCCUACCAGCCAUGGCAGACCAGACAGAACAGACCACCCUGGUUCACAACGAGGAAGAAACCUUCGCCCUGGAGCCCAUUGACAUCACAGUGAAGGAGACCAAGGCGAAGCGUAAGAGGAAGCUGAUUGUGGACAGCGUGAAGGAGUUGGACAGUAAAACUAUCCGCGCACAGCUGUCUGACUACUCUGACAUUGUCACCACCCUGGACCUGGCACCUCCCACCAAGAAGCUGAUGAUGUGGAAGGAGACCGGAGGAGUCGAGAAGCUCUUCUCUCUCCCUGCUCAGUCUCUCUGGAAUGCCAGGCUGCUUAAGAUGUUUACAAGGUGUCUGACUCCAUUGGUACCAGAUGAGCUCAGGAAGAGGAGGAAAGGUGGUGAGGCUGACAGUCUGGAUGAGUUCCUUAAGGAUCUGGAGAACCCGGAGGUGCCCAGAGAGGAAACAACAGGACACCAGCAGAGAGACAUCAUGGACCAGACCAUCAUGGAAGAGGCCAGUGUUCUGCAGACUUCAGCUGUGGAAGGCAGCAGGACGACGCUGGACGAGUCGGUCAUGCCCCCUCCGUCCUCCCAGCGUGCCCUCAAACGCAAAGCCCAGGACACAGAACCAGCGCUGCCUAUGGGAGCUUUAGAUCAACAACAACAGCCAGAGGAGUCCAGAGCCUCUAAUGUGUCUCAGCAGCUGGAGGCAUCCAACGUGGAUCUGCUCCCAGAGGAAACCACUAACAUCAGCCAGCUGAUAGAGUUAGACCUGCUUAGCGACAGGGACAAGAAGAAAAAUGAUGACGACUCUGACGAAGAGGAUGACGAGGUGCAGGGAGGAGACCAGGACCAGGAGGAGAGGAGGUGGAACAAAAGAACCCAGCAGAUGCUUCAUGGCCUCCAGAGGGUGAUGGCAAAGACCGGUGCCCAGUCGGUCAGCCUGCUGGAUCUAUGCAGGAACAACAACAAGAAGCAGGCAGCUGCUAAGUUCUACAGUUUCCUGGUUCUGAAGAAGCAGCAGGCGGUGGAGCUUGUCCAGGAGGAGCCGUACAGCGACAUCAUAGCUACACCUGGACCUCGCUUCCACAUCAUCUAGAAAAUGCAACUUUAUAGUUUGAAAAGAGGGAAAAAAAACUGUUCUCUGUACUCUCUGCAUCACAACACAACACUGUUAAUUUAACAGUUUAAUUUAUUAGAGUUUUUGUAUGAUUUGUAUUUUUAUCUUCCGUCGACAAACGUUUAAUGUCAGUGGUGGGAGGAAUGAGUAUAACAUGGUUGGAUUAUUAAGAUGUUUCUUCCUUGAAAAAUUCCACAUAGUGAGGAGGAGGAUUGCAACUCCAAACAAAGGACACUAUCUACAAUCAAUUUAUUAUUAUUUAUUGUAUUUUUAUUAAAUUAAGACCCACUUUAUUAAGUUAGUAUUAAGUAAUGUGAAAGAAAGCUGUGUGUCCCUUUUUGUUUGGAGCUGGUUCUCAUUUUUGCAAACAGAUGUCACUGACCUUGACAAGCACUACUUCCUCCAAAAGGUUGUUGCGUUGCACUGGCAAGGCACAUAAUUUAAAGCAGUGGUUCUCAAAGUGGGGUCCAAAAAGGGGAAUCAUUUAUUUUCACUGUAAGUCCAUCCAUAAGUAACAUAGUGACCGAACGUAUGACUAUUAUGGUCAUGGAUUUCAUACACUUCCUGGAAUAAAACGUCCAAAAAAGCCAAAAUCCUAUCAAAUGGGCGAUCCUGUUACAAAAUCUUAUCUGAUCUAAUUUGUGUCAGUUUAGGGGUCCUAGACGUGAAAAAGUUUUAGAACCACUGAUUUAAAGGGUGUCUAUUGCCUAGUUAUGUUUACAGUGGGAGACAACUGUGUGCGUACACAGUGAUAACUCAAUCAAUCCAUGUUACUUGGAGACUCAUUUGUCCCUCUACUAUAGGAAAAGGUUCUCAUGUACACUGAUUUUCACUUAAAGGAGCAUGCACUAUAUCCAGUCUCUGCAAGAGAACAUUUAAACAGUUACUACAGUAGUGAUUUUUAGACUCAACCAGCAAUUAAUCAUGAUACAACUGUAGUGCAGCACUUUAAGCAUUACAAACUAAAGGUUGUGUUUUUGCAAAUGCUUUGCUUGCAUCAUCAACUAUUGUGCCUCACAAGAGUCAGCAAAAUUAUAGUUGUGUCCCAAAAUCCAAGAUACAUAUUCAUUUUUCGUUUUGAGUAUGCUGUUGUAUUCUAUUCUCCUGCAAUGCACAAAGGAAAUAGAGGAGAAGCUUACAGCUGGGGAAAAAAAGAAAAUUGUGGAUGCUGGUGAAACGGCUCCAGGAACACCUUAAAACACCUGAAAAAUGGACAUUUUGCUGGCUCUUUGUUAAGUUGAACUGACAGUAGCAUUCAAAAGCUAACAUAUGACAACACACUUAUUGUAUCCUUUAUAUGGUGAUGCAUGCAACGGAUAAAAAUUAUACUAUAAAGAUUAGUGUAAAGUACAUCUUGUAUAUAAUUAAAUGUACUAUGGAAAUGGGACACAGCUUAUAAAAAAAGAGCUUCAGUUUCAACCUAUAGAUGAUGUGAACAUCAGUGGCCUGCCAUACUUGCAUGCUCUGUCCUGAAAUGUUUUAUCAGAGCGGAAUUCCUCCAGAAACCAUUUGUAUUGCUUUUAUUCUUAAAAUGACUUAUGUGACAAAGAUUCAAUUUAUCGUGUCCGUUUUAUAUAUGAAUAAUCAUUUAGUAACAACUGGGUGACAUACAGUAUUACAGACUGUUCCCUUGACAAUGGAUAUUUCACUUGUUGUGCUCUCACAGUAUCACUUCUUAACUUAAAAUGUAAAUCAGAUACUCUGUUCAGUAUUCAUUUAUUGAUUUUAAUCUAAAGAAUGACAUGAUAAAAUGAUCAAGUGAAGUCUGUAUGGACAUAUUUGUUAUGAACAUUGUUGUCAUCAUCGAAAAGCCUACAGUAAGAACAAUCACGCUUCUUUGUGCUUCUGCAAAGACAGCUGAAUGCAUAGUUUUUUAUACCCACUUCCAUACAAACAGCAGUGGAUCUUGUAUUUUAAACUACGUGCCUGUAAACUUGCAUUUUUUAUUUUGUAUAAAAGCCGAAAAAAUGUUCUCAUAUCUCAAAUAUAUUGCUGUUUCUGAACAGUUUCAGUCCCAUGCCUGUUAAGUCCUGAAUCCUGGAAACUGGUUGCAAAAUUUUUCAAAAUAAAACAAAUACAAUGACCAGUAUUUUAAAA